AUGUUUUUCGCUAAUCCCAACGCUACCACAAACCCUCCUGCUUCACCUCACGCGCUGAAUGGUUUCAAAUUUCCCCACGCGCCUUCUUCGUUGAGUCAACAAAACAUAGUUGGAUUUACUGUUCCACAGUCGAACUUCCUUGGAUCCAACUCCACCGACAGUUCAUCACAGCCGUACCAAGCUUCCGGCUUCCACUCCUUCGCCUCAUCGGCGGCCGAAACUCCUCAUCCUCCUCAUCCACGGUAUAACACUUGGGGAUCAGGUAGUUUCAUAUUACCCGACCAAUUUGUCACGGUGGCGACAACAACUACAUCAGAAUGUUUUGCUGUCGCCACUGUGACAACAUCUUCAGCGACAGAAUUUUCGCCGCCACAAAUAGGUUAUCAUCAUAGGCCAGUUUAUCAGCGCGGUUUAUCUCUCAGUCUUUCUUCACAACAAACGCCAUACCGGUCAUUCUCUGGCGAGGUUGUGGCAUCUCGCGGCAGUGACAACCAUGGCGGUGAUGUUUUCGGGUCGAUGUAUUUAAAAGUUGCACAAGAGCUUCUAGAUGAAGUUGUGAACGUGGAUAAGGGAAUCACCAAAGGAGAAUCUGUUGAAGGAAAUAAUACCAACAAUAAUGAUAGAGAAAAGAGGAAAGCGAAUACUGAAUCGAGUUCGAGUGGUGGAAGAGAAAACGAUGGAGGAAAACAAGUUGCUGAAUUAAGCACUGCACAGAGACAAGAACUUCAAAUGAAGAAGUCAAAGCUUGUUAACAUGCUAGAUGAGGUAAAGCUAAAGUACAAACAAUACCACCAUCAAAUGCAAAGUGUGAUAUCAUCAUUUGAAUCCGCAACCAGAUACGGAGCAGCAAAAUCUUAUACAUCCCUAGCCUUAAAGACAAUCUCAAAGCAAUUUCGAAGUCUUAAAGACGCAAUCUCAUCGCAAAUCAAAACAACUAGCAAGAGUUUGGGAGAAGAUGAUUGCUUAGGAGUUAAGUUAGAAGGUUCUAGGCUAAGGUUCGUCGAUCACCAUCUCCGGCAACAACGGGCAUUACAGAAACUUGGAAUGGUUCAUAAUAAUGCUUGGAGACCACAAAGAGGAUUGCCCGAACGAGCUGUUUCUGUUCUUCGAGCUUGGCUUUUCGAGCAUUUCUUGCACCCAUAUCCUCAGGACUCUGAUAAGGUUAUGCUUGCAAGACAGACCGGACUUACUCGGAGUCAGGUGUCUAACUGGUUUAUAAAUGCUCGAGUUCGGUUAUGGAAGCCAAUGGUUGAAGAAAUGUACAUGGAAGAAAUAAAGGAACAAGAGGAGAAUAAUGGAUCCAAGGAUAACACAAAUACAUCAAAAAAAUCAUGCAAAGAGUUAUGGCCAACAACUAAUGCUACACAAGAAUCAAGUGCUACUAAAAUUGAUCAAAUCAGCGUGCUUAAUUCAAAAACAGAAAACUUCUACAACCAAAACGCUUCUCCAACUGAGAUUUCACAUUCCAACAAUUCAAUCUCUGUAUCACCAUUGGAAAUGAAGUCUAACAGAGAAUCCAACACAAAGUUUGAGUUCGAAAGGAAUCAUGACAAAAAUGGUUACACUUUAAUGUGUGAAAAUGAAAACCAUGGUAGUGGUUAUGGAACAAUAUUCUCAAUGGAAGAUAUUGGAAGGUAUAAUGUUAGUGAACAACUAGCUCCUAGAUUUCAUGGAAAUGGUGUUUCUCUCACUCUUGGUCUACCACAUCAUGAAAAUCUCCCUCUUUCUUCAACUCAACAUGGAUUUCUCUCUCAUAGUAUGCAUAUGGGAGGGAGGAUUGAAAUGAGAGAGAAUGAAAAUGAGUUUUGUGGCAUUAACACUACUCCCCCUUCUUCUCAUUCAGGCACAAGUUAUGACAGUGUUGAUAUUCAAAACAAGAAGAGGUUUUCUACACAAUUAUUACGUAACUUUGUGAACUAA